UUGGGGGGGUAGAAUCCCACUCAGUGCUGGGCACAAUGGCCUCCGUGCUGCUCCUGGUGCUGUCGGUGCUGUCGGUGCUGAUGCUGCCGGAGACCUUCGUCUAUGCCCAGUUACAGGUUUCCACCCCCCCCUCUCCCAUUGUGGCUCCGCUGGGCGGCACUGCCACCCUGCCCUGUGCCUUCACCCUGGGGGUGGCGCCGGUGGAUCCUGCCCAGGUCCAUGUGGUUUGGAAGAAUGAGGGCACUAAGGUUCUGUCGUACCUGGGGGAAGUGAGCGCCCUGAGACCCGGAGCCCAACUCUCUGAGGAAGGCCUGGCACAGGGCGAUGCCACCCUCACCCUCCCCAAUGUCAGCGGAUCCGACAGUGGCCGAUACACCUGCAACGUCCGGCUGGCAUCAGAGCAGCUGGCACAGAGCCUCACAUUGGUUGUCAGGGAUAAUCGGCAGAUUUGGGUGGAAGGAACCAUCGUUGUCGCUAACCAGUCCAGUGAGUUACACUGUGGGGCCGGCAACUUGUCUUCCCCUGAUGUGGAGAUUGAGUGGAUGAGAAAUGGCCAAGUCCUGAGCACGUCCGCGCCACACGUUGUGGAGAACAAGUACGACCAGGGCUUCAUAGUGGAAAGUUCCUAUUGCCUCACCCCCACCAUGAAUGAUAGCUGGGCCCAUUACUCCUGCCAGGUCAUGCAGAAGUCCUUCCCUCACCCACUGAAGAAGACUUUCCAGCUGACACUGGGAGCUCGCCCAGAUAUAUUCUUUCUUUUAACGGGCAAAGGGCAGAAGAAUUCUUCUCUGAUUUGCCUAGUGUCCAGUUUUUAUCCAGAUGAACUCAGUGUCACGUUAAUGAGAGACGGACAGGUUCUUACUGACAAUGCCCGAAAGUGGGUGAACCCAAAUGGCACAUUCUCACUGGUGGUGACUUACCCAUUCAACAUGACCGUGAACGAUGAUAACGCUGAAUUUACGUGCACCGUCAGUCACCCAACGAUUCCCAAAGGGGCCACAGAGAGACUACGCUUCUUGGUUGAUCCUUAUGUGCCCAAAGUAUUCUGGAUGAUUCUGUCUGCGGGGCUUCUGCUGGCAUUUGUAACACCCACCCUGUGCAAGCAUGUGACUGACAUAGCAGUUUGCAAGGAUUGGACAGAGGGAAGCACGGCCAUACUAAAGUGCAGCAUCUCUGGGCGGUACCCAAAGUCCAUAACAGCAGUGUGGCUGGUUCGGCAGGGGGAGAAGGAACUUGAGAUAAAGGAGAGAGGAUCCCUCCACCCUGUUGGAGAUUACAGGGAGCUACAAGAACAGGACUCCUACACCUGCUGGAAUGUUCUGAAGAGCACGUGGGUUUGCAACCUGCGCCAGUCCCUCUCCUCCGUCCUCUGCUUCCAGGUGCAAAAGGAGAGGCACGACCGGGCCGAGUUCAUCUGCAGGUUCAUGAGGGGAAACCGGAUCCUGGGGGAGAAGCACUACUUUGGGAGUGUCCUGGACAACUAUGGGUUCUACUCCGUCUCUGAGAUCUGCGUCCCCGAGGAAUGUAAUGAGGGCGAGAGGCUGACACUCACUUGCUGCAUGCAGGGGAACGUCCCACGGGAAAUCAGAGUAAUGUGGGAGAGGUGCCAGGGUGAGGAGCGGGCACCCAUCUCGAAGGAACAAGAGGGCACCUACCAUAUCACAGAGAACAAAUCAGCAGGACGGUACUCAACCUUCCUCACAUUCUACCCCUCAAAGAUGGAUUCUGGGGCAUCUUUCUCCUGUUCCUUCUCGGAGAACGAGGGCCGGGUUCUGGCAGAACGUAGCUCCACGCCCCUGAAAGUGACAGAACCCAAGAAGAACACCUGGUCAAAAACUUACCAGGACUGGGGUUUCCGGGCCUUUGACGAACCUGGCAUCACCGAAAUAUGAAAGUCAUCCUCCGGUGGAACAAGUCCCAUUUCUCAUUGUCUGGUUCAAUCCAUGAUCCACCUUUCAUCCUGCUGGAGAUGUUUGUGAGGACCAAGGUACCAUCAGCAUCUCUGGGACCAAUGGGAAUGGGGCGUAGUCACGGGAUUGUGUGUUUGCUUCAGUGUGGUGCCAACGUUGUAAUUCCAUGUGCUGCAAACGUGGCGCCUCUGGGAACCCAAACCAGACCGUGUGAAUAUCGCCCUGCAGUGUUGCAACUCAUCAUUGGCCUUUCCCCAACGGUGG